UUUCACCAGAGACGACGGGGGAGGGGUCGAGCCCCGUGACAUCAGAAGCCGGCUUUCAAACGUUCUCCGGAAGUUCAAGCCGUUCAAGCCUUUUCCAUUUGACAAGCAAUUUUUCUUUUAGACUUGAAAACGCAUAUUUGGAUACUGUUUUUUAUACUUACUAGUAUAGUUAUUUAACAUGUUAUAUUUAUAUGCUAUUUUCAGGCUUGUUCCGCUGCCGUUCAAAAACGACAUUUCCGGGUGAGGGCGGAAGUAGCCCUGGUACAGAGGCGGGAGGAGGAGGGUGGAAGAAGGAAAGAAGACAGGCGCUGGGCGAUGACGUUCGGUGCUCGCGCCGGAAGUGCCCAGGGUAGAGUCUGUGCCUGGACCCGGCGGCGGCAGCGGCAGAAGGAGAAAUGGCCCCAGCGGGAUCCAAAACCCUGUUGGACUUUAAGGAGAGAGAAGGACAUUGGCAGCUACCUGCUGAGCAACAUUCUAACACAGACAACUAUCUAAGGUAAAUGUUUCCAUAACCUUAUGGAGAGAAAGGACUUUGAAGCAUGGCUUGAUAACAUUUCUGUUACGUUUCUCUCUCUGACGGACUUGCAGAAAAAUGAGACGCUGGAUCACCUGAUUGGCUUGAGCGGGGCUGUCCAGCUCAGGCAUCUCUCCAAUAACCUAGAGACCCUCCUCAAACGGGACUUCCUCAAACUCCUUCCGCUGGAACUCAGUUUCUAUUUGUUAAAAUGGCUUGACCCACAGACCUUACUCACGUGUUGCCUCGUCUCUAAGCAGUGGAACAAGGUCAUAAGUGCCUGUACGGAGGUGUGGCAGACUGCCUGCAAGAAGUUGGGCUGGCAGAUCGAUGACUCUGUCCAGGAUGCUUUGCAUUGGAAAAAGGUGUACUUGAAGGCCAUUUUAAGGAUGAAGCAACUAAAGGACCAUGAAGCCUUUGAGACCUCCUCACUGAUUGGACAUAGUGCCAGGGUUUAUGCACUUUACUAUAAAGACGGACUUCUUUGUACAGGUUCAGACGACUUGUCUGCAAAGCUGUGGGAUGUGAGCACGGGUCAGUGCAUCUACGGGAUCCAGACCCACACCUGUGCGGCAGUGAAGUUUGAUGAACAAAAACUUGUCACUGGCUCUUUUGAUAACACUGUUGCCUGUUGGGAGUGGAGCUCAGGAGCCAAGACCCAGUAUUUCCGAGGCCACACAGGAGCAGUUUUUAGCGUGGAUUACAACGAUGAGUUGGAUAUCCUGGUCAGCGGCUCAGCAGAUUUCACUGUGAAAGUCUGGGCUUUGUCGACUGGAGUGUGUCUCAACACCCUGACCGGACACACUGAAUGGGUCACUAAGGUGGUCUUGCAGAAGUGCAAAGUCAAAUCUGUCAUGCACAGUCCUGGGGAUUACAUUCUGUUAAGUGCUGAUAAAUAUGAAAUCAAGAUCUGGCCUAUUGGAAGAGAGAUCAACUGCAAAUGCUUAAAAACCCUGACGGUGUCGGAAGACCGCAGCAUCUCUCUGCAGCCCCGGCUUCACUUUGAUGGGAAAUACAUUGUGUGUAGUUCAGCUCUCGGAUUGUACCAGUGGGACUUUGCCAGCUAUGAUAUUCUCAGGGUUAUCAAACCUCCUGAGUUUGCAAACUUGUCCUUGCUGGGCUUCGGAGACAUUUUUGCCCUCCUGUUUGAUAACCACUACCUGUACAUCAUGGAUUUGAGGACAGAGAAACUGAUCAGUCGCUGGCCGCUGCCAGAAUACAGGAAGUCCAAGAGGGGGUCGAGCUUUCUGGCGGGAGAAAUGUCUUGGCUCGAUGGCUUGGAUGGCCAGAACGACAUGGGCUUGGUCUUUGCUACCAGCAUGCCCGACCACAGUAUUCAUCUGGUUUUGUGGAAGGAACAUGGCUGAAGGGGAGCAGCAGAUACAUGUGUGAUGUGGCUUUUUUAAAACAAAUGAACAGCUGAGACUGCCAGCAACAAGUCAACCAGAGGAGACUUUGCAUGAACCAAAGCUGCUCAUCUUCCAGACACCAUCAUGCAGUGUACAAUCAUUUUACCUUUAAUUUUCUAGGGCAUUGGAGGAGAUGGGGAGGUACAGAAUAAUACAGAGGGGUGUGUUAUUAUUAUUAUUUUUAGAAACAUUAAUGCACCACAGCAUGCGUAACAUCCUUCACACCAACACGUGUGUAUUCAUGUUCAAGCAUACACAUUUGGGCAUCUUUCUCGACUAUGGCUUUAUGGUUGUUGGUUUGGCUUUUCUUUUUCUCUUAAAAAAAGAUACCAUUCAAAAGAAGAAGGGUAUUGGCUCUCAGCCCUUCCCACUCUUGCCCCCAUCUCUCUCAGAAAGAAAAAGAGGAGGUAGUGAAUUAAAUUGUUUUUUAGAUACCUUGUUCACUAGGUGUUCACCUCCACUGGGAAAAAUCAGAUUUCUGCAAGCUGGGACUGUGCUGGUUAAUCAGUUUCUCUGUUUCAGAUGUUACUUCACCCCUUACACAAACCAACAACUCUGUGUGCAGUGAAAGUGGACCUCUCCCCUGUGUGCAUCUUUUCUGAGUCUCAGCUGUUACCAUGCAUAGAAAUGAAUAUCUGAAGCAGGAGAUCUCGCAGUUGUUUGGAAAAAAAGCAGUGAGCCCCUCUACUCAGCAGAUUCGCUUUUUCUCUCAAAGGUCUGGCUCCUUUGGAAUGGGCAUUCACUUCUGUGUAUGGUGAAGGGGAACUGGUGCUUGGAGGGAAGUCAACAUCCCAGCACUCCUUCACUGGAGGCAUGAUUGGUCUUGUAAGGCAAAUUCUUGGGCCAAGCUGAGAGAGUCACCUUUUUCACAUGGCACCAAGUCAGUGGAAGGCACCAUCGGCCUGUAGUGGUUACUGGCACAGGAAAGCUCUGCCAAUGUGUGUUGUUGAAAGCGGCGUUGAGCCUGCUUGCUUAGCAGAUUCAGCGUUCCUCUCAAAGGCAUAGCUUCCUUGGAAUAGGCAUUCGUCUGUCUCAUCCUGAUCUCUCUGCAAGAGAUCUACAGGUGUUUCCAUCACAGCUUCCUGAAUCUAAUGAGAAAAGGCAAGAUGGUCACAAGGAUGGGUAGUAGGUAAGAGCUCCGUUGGGAAGCAAUUUCCUUUGCUUAGGAAAAGAACUGGAUAAUGAAGAUUUGGGAGGAAGUAUUCUAGCAGUAUGCACUUGUUAGGCUUCAUCUCCGCUGCUAAUCUCUGCAGGCACACAGAGGCUUCUCUUCCUGCAAUGGCUCAUUGAAGAGCUACCAGCGCAGUACUGUCAAAUCAAAAGAAGCUCUACGUCUUUCCAAGGAUGUUUCUUUGACAGUGUGUUUCCAGUGCAGAGGCCAAAGCUGUAGGUUGGCUGAAGCCUGGCAGCCUUUCAGUUUGAAAUCCAACUGAAGUAAUUUAAGGUUGAAAUAUAGCGGGACAAACUGAACAAUAUGUAGCAGAGGGGAUGGCUUCUCCCUACCCAUCUACCUCUGCUUCUGUUCUUGGAGGGGUUCUGGAUCAAAGAUGGCAGUCUUUUUCCAGCGCGUGCUACAAAAGUUUACACGACAAUAUUAAUAAAACCAUCUGCCUGGUUGAACUUUA